AUGAAAAACAAAAAUGAUACAAAGAAGUUUUCGCUCAGAAAACUUAAUGUGUUAUUUUUCAUAUUAAUAAGCUUUGGAGUUUGUAGUUGUGCUGAUCAGGAUGAAAAUGGGAUAAUUUGCAUUAAAAGCUACCUAAAAAACAUAAGUUUAAAUGAAGCAGAACUAAAAUUUGACCACAAGAAGUUUAAAUAUAAUGUUGAAAUUGAAGAGUGUCUUGAUAGCAUAGACUUAACCCUUGAUAUUCCAAGCUGGAGAGACGCUUCAAUUGGGCCUAUAGACUUAACUACUAAGGCUAAUUUCUUCUCAAGGCUCUUUAAAUCGCAUACAAAUGGUGUUGUAUUUAACAAUGAUGACGUUAUAAAUGUAACUAUAAAUAAAGAACCAAUCUACAAGACGAGGGACGCGACGGUAAAACUACCAUUAAAAUGCGGAUCAAAUAACCUUUUUGUUAUAAAAAUAAAUGUGCGUGACAAUUUCGAAGUGUUCUCAUUCCAGUAUAAAAUUAAUAUAAAGAUAAUAACUACAACUAUGGUAAACCAUUUAAUAUCACUCCAAGCUUUCUCUGGAACAACAAAAUUGGAACAUGAACCCACAUUAUCAAGGAAAAUUUUCGACUAUUAUUACUACAUAUUCCUAUCAAUGAGCAAUCAAAUAAAAAUAACUGCCAAAUGUAAAUACGGAAGUGUUAGAUUUGAUUCUACUAAAACCAACGAAUUCUCAUUUUCAAUUCGUGACGUUAAUAAAACAAUAGAGGUAUUAUGCCCAAAUUUGGCAGUUAAAAGAUUUGGAUCAACUUACAAAGUCUAUUUUAUUCACUCUUUGGAUAAGCCAGUACCACCUCCCAUUAGCAUCAAAUCAGUUUACUCCAACGAAAAAUGCCAAGUGAAUACUAGUGAUAAUAAGCUUACAAGGAUAGUAUGUAGUCAGAAUUUUCCGAAUAACACCAAGUUAUUAUUUGAAACCGAUCCUAGAUACAAAUAUGAAAUAAUUCGAAAAAUCAAAGACUCUGAGGAAUCAGAGGAAAUUUUUAGCGGCAAACCUACAUCAGAUGUAAAUUUGAAGACCAUAACAGAAAUACGAGCCACUGCAGGAAAGAGUAUCACUAAAUUCUCUUUCCAAAAAGCGGUAGGUUAUGAAUACAUGGGACGGUUCUACAAGAACUUAAUAUACUUUCUUGUUUUUAUCCCAAAGUGGAUAAUAAUUUCUACAAAUUUACUUCAAGCAUUCUUGGAACAUAGGUUUGGUAUGGCAUUUCAUUUCUCUCCAAUAAUAGGACCAUUUCUAUUACUUCUUUCAGAAAACAUAUGUUCAAUAUCGGCUCAAAACGACUCUGAUAUGGUCGACUACUGUAAUAGUUUUAGUUUGCUUAAGAUACAUAACAAAAACUCAAAUUUUACUCUAAGAAGGUCAUUAUUUCACAAUAUUUUAAUAAUGGCAGUAAUUUAUCACAUAACUGUGAAACGACAAUCGAAAACUGUUCAGAAAAUCAAGAAUUAUAUACCACCUUCACUAAUUGUAGACUCACUUGGCUUCAAAUUCUGCUUUUACUUUUUAUAUAUUUUAUCGAUGUUGUUCUCAAGAAAUUCUGGUUUUAAUAUUCUUAGCAAUGAGAACCGAGUUGGAUUGGUUGGAAUACUUUCAAGCUUGCCUUCAGUGAUUUUGAUAUGCAUAAUUUUAACAAGUUUUGUCAAAUAUUUAAUAAAUGAUUUUAAAAAAACAAUAUUAAAAAUAAAGAAAAGGGAAGUGGUUUGGGUAGCAGAUGCUCAUAAUCCAGAACAACAAGAUGGUUGGAUUACCAAGUUAUUAACUAAAUUUAAUAUAAACCAGUACGAUGGCUACUGGUCUGAUAAGAACUGCAGUGUUCUAUGUUUUCCAUUCACUAAAACUAAAUUGAGCAAAUUUGUACCCUUUUUGAAGAAUAAAUCGUCCAGAAAAUGUGCAACUAUAAAGAAUAUUAAUAUAAGUUUUGAGCUCUGCAAAGAGUAUGAACUUACUAACCGUGUUGUACCUGAAGUUAUAGUAUUAGAUACUAACAAAAUUGAUGGUGAUGGGAUUAGACUUAAUGACCCGAUGAGUAUAUUCAAGAAUACUAGUUCUAUAGCGUAUGCUGAGAAUUCAGACUUGUUAUUUGGGUCUUUUGAAGGCUUAUCUGAGAUAAGCUCUAAAAAAGAAACUUAUGUAGAAAUCCAAUCACUUCAAACCACAAAUCAAGAUUUAAGCUCUUUGAUUGUCGGAAAGGUAAAGACUGAUGAUCUCACUUAUUACAUCGAUUUAAAUGUAUUAAGAAAUACAGAAUCAAAAACUAUUGAUAAAUUCUUGCCUGUUAAAGUUAAAGUUGAUCAACUCAUGAGUGCGGACAUGGCCAAUUCCCGUGGUUUUAACAGAAAUGUCAGAAUUUUAAUGAUUGAUAAGUUUGUUUUCCUUUUUAAAGGAAUCAAUGCUCUCUUUUUCAUCUUUUCAAUGAGACAUAACGCAUCAACGUUGAAUCUAAUUAGGACAAUUCUUAACACUUUGUUCACUCUUUACUUCAUAGGUCCGAUUGCGAGGCCUUAUUUGAACAUUUUUGACAAUGUUUUUGGAUUUUUAUGUCUCGCGAUAGGUACUUUGUACAUUUUCAAGUUCGGGUUCUACGAGUUUAUAAUCAAGCCAAAAAGUAUUGGGCACAUAGACAAUCUGAUCAUAUUAUCGAUCAUAAUAACUGUCGUAUACUCUCUUUUAUACUCAAUACUGUACUCAAUUGACCUCAUCUUAUCAUUAAAGAACUCAAGUAAUAUACAAAAUUUUAUCGUUAACAAUUCGAAAUGUAACUGUUUCUCGAUACAAAUUAUUGGAUAA